AUGGGAUCGAUUGAUGUUUCGUUUUUCUACGGUGAAGAUCCAGAGAGGUGGGUUGAGUGGAUCGACCCAUUCGUUGCAACUCACAGCUUCACCGAUUUCGAAACAAGACUUGUUGCGUAUGGGUUCAUUGAAAGUGAUGUUAUGUCGUGGUCUUCCUUAGGGUUCCUAUAUAUGGACAAGAUUAGUUCACUGUCGGAUGAUCUGCUGUUAAAGAUUCUCUCAUCGCUUUGUACCAAAGAUGUCCUUUCAACUAUGUUUUUCUCCAAACGAUGGAAGUUUCUUUGGACCAUGGUUCCAAAACUCGAUUUUGAACAUGGUACUUCUUGUUACGAUGAUACUAAAGAAGAAUACACGAGAUUUUGUCAAUAUGUCGACAGAAUCGCAAUUGCUCGCCGUAUGCGUGAACUCGAAAUCAACCGUUACGACGUUGAUAAGUCAUUCGAACUGCCAGCGUUUACGUGUUGCCACGUAUCGGUUCUCUGUCCCUGGCAAUGCCGAAAUGUUAAUUCUCCAGUGGCUGGGAUUCAAACCCAACUGGCUGUAGUGGUCUUGAAACUUUAUAAAUCGAUUCUUGUGUAUGGUCCUGAUGAUCUCGUGGUCUCGCUUUCUUCUCUCAAAACAUUGCACCUUCUGUGUGUGGAGUAUGAAAACGAAGAAUCGCACCGCAGGCUUUUAAGGGGUUGUCCUGUUCUGGAGGAGUUGGUUGUGGACAAAACUGAUAACUGGAGUGUGCGGUCAUCCUCUGUUGUAAUGCCUUCCUUGGAGAGAUUAUCUGUACUUAAUCAGUAUAGGGAUUAUGAGGCAUACACUGAUAAAUUAGAACAUGAGUCUUACAACGAUAGAGUUACCAUUAACGUCCCGUCUUUGAAGUACUUGAACUACGUAGAUAUCAUUGACUAUGGUCAUUUGUAUUUGAGUGAAGAUAUGCCCGAGUUGGUGGAGGCACAUGUUAAACUUGUUUGCAAAAAUCAUGAGAAGCUCAUGAGGUCUCUUACAGCAGUCAAACGCCUCUCUUUAUGUUUGUUUAAUCAUUCAAUGGUUCAGCAUCGCAUUGGAUUCGAUCAGCUUGUUCACCUAGAGCUAUGUGGAUGCAGCCCAAAGUGGUGGGAUCUACUUACUUGGAUUCUCAAAAGUUCUCCUAAACUACAAGUUCUCAAGCUCAACCAGGUACAUUUACCCUGCCCUGCUGCAUUUGGUUUCUUUACUUCUCCAUUUGUUUCAUUGUCUUAAGUUAUAAUUUUAUGGUCUAAUGCACUAUCAUUUAUGAUAGUGUCAGGACUCAGGAGGAGUGCUUUUGUUCUGUAAAGCCUAUUGAACGUUGGUGGGAAGAGCUGAAUACCUGUCCCAUAAAGCCUAUGGAAGGACGUUGGGGACAGCUAAGUUCCGUUCCUGAAUGCUUGACGUUUCAUCUCAAUACUUUUGAAUGGAAUUAUUACAAUGGAAGACGGGAAGAGAAGAAACUGGUGGCUUAUAUCCUAAGAACCGCCAAACGGUUAAAAAUUGCAGAGAUCUCUGCAUGGGAUUUGGAUCCAGAAGAGGAAUCUCAGAUACUCAAGGAGGUGGCUUCUUUGCAAGGGCUUCAAAGUCAUGUAAGCUUUUGUUGGGUUCUUAAAAUACAAGAUGGUACUAUAGUAGUCUGUCCCAAUAAAACCUAGUAGCGUCUGAAAAAUAGAUGUGUUGGAAAGGGGAAAGCUUAUCAAAUUUAUAUUUUGCUCUUACAUAUUGCUUCCAUUUUUUGUUCUUAGAAGCAUCAUGCAACAACAUAAUGUUGAUAAAUAUAAGAGCUUCUCAAGAAUGUGGAAAGCUGUUAUAGUAUUGUAUAUUACUACAUUUUUGAUGUUUAUCAACAUGUAACAACUUCUUGGACG